UAUAAUAAAGAGUUGAUAUUAAAAUAUAAAAAAAGAAAUCCCAUUCGGAUUAUUUCUUUCGCUUAGCUGUAAAGAGUUUAAUGCAUGGCAUUCGUGCAAAUUCCAGCAAUAUUAGGCUUACAUGAAUUAUCUCAAGACACUCGUUUAAAAUUCCGGCGUUUCGACGCGAAUUAAUUUUGGAUAAACAGAACACAAGUGCAAAUUGAUCUUAAAGAAAGAAGAGUGACAGAGAAAUACCCAUUUUUGUGAUGUUCCCUUCCGACUGCGGAGUUCAAUAACUAAAAUCACGGCGUUCACUCCAGAGAUGUUUAACAUCACCGGACUACAUUUGAAUUUCACCGAAGGAAAUUUUUCCUUGGUGAACAGGACAGAGGACGGGUCUCACCCGCACUUGACAGACGCCUGGCUUGUGCCUCUCUUUUUUGCUCUAAUUAUGCUGGUAGGACUUAUCGGAAACUCUUUAGUUAUUUACGUCAUCUCGAAACACAGGCAGAUGCGGACCGCUACCAACUUCUACAUAGCAAAUUUAGCUUCUACAGACAUUAUUUUCCUCCUCUGCUGUGUUCCUUUCACGGCUACUCUCUACCCACUCCCAAGUUGGAUAUUUGGAGAUUUUAUGUGCAAGUUUGUGGCCUUCCUUCAACAGGUCACAGUUCAAGCUACUUGCAUCACACUAUCAGCUAUGAGCGGAGACCGCUGCUAUGCAACAGUUUAUCCUUUGAAAUCUCUGCGCCAUCGAACACCACGAGUAGCCAUGAUUGUCAGCAUUUGUAUCUGGAUUGGUUCUUUUAUUUUAUCAACUCCAAUUAUUAUGUAUCAGAAGACCCAAGAAGGCUAUUGGUAUGGACCAAGAACUUACUGCAUAGAAACGUUCCCAUCAGAAACGCAUAAGAAAGUCUUCAUUCUGUACCACUUCUUGGCGGUGUAUCUGCUCCCACUCCUCACAAUCUCUCUCUGCUAUUCUUUUAUGUUAAAGAGAGUUGGACAACCAGUUGUAGAACCAGUGGACAAUAAUUACCAGGUACAGCUCCUCUCUGAGAGAACCAUUGCCAUGCGAAGCAAGAUUUCUAAAAUGGUAGUUGUAAUUGUCUUGCUUUUUACUAUCUGCUGGGGUCCAAUACAGCUCUUCACUUUGUUUCAAGCUUUCUACCCAAAGUUCCAAGCCAACUAUGCCACCUAUAAGAUAAAGACCUGGGCCAACUGCAUGUCAUAUGCUAAUUCUUCUAUCAACCCAAUUGUGUAUGGCUUCAUGGGAGCAAGCUGAAAAUCAUUCAAAAAGCCUUUCCUUUCAUGUUCAGGACGUAAGGUUAGAGAUGGAAGCAUGGCAUCAGGAACAGUGAAUGCAGAGAUGAAAUUUAUUGCUACAGAAGUCACCCAGAAUGAACAGAAAUAA